UUGGCGCGUUCUUUGUUCUCCAUACUCCAUCGCGCGUGUUAGCGGUACAAUACGCAUACGCGCCGUACAACACGCAUACACACGCCUUCUCGAUUCAGCUCAAGCACCGAGCUUUGGUCUUCUGACGCCUCCUACUUGUCCUCAUUUCCAUCGCACCCGUCACGAUGGGCGCAACAGAAGAGAAAGCCCCGCCGCAAGAGCAGCUCGAGUCGACGUUUGACCGAAGCGCGUCGGCGGUGAGGGACUAUGCGCAUCGAUUCGAAAGCUCGUACGGCAGACGCGCACUGGACACGGGAGCCUCCUUCUACGCUGAACAUCCGGCGCUGUUUGCCGUCGUCGCCGUCUUCGGGUCGCUAAGCUUGUUGCCCGUACUCACAUUCGUUGGCUUCUCCCUCUUCGUCAUUACCUCCAUCCUCCUCUUCGCUCUCGGCUGCGCCGCGGGCGUCAUCAUCGCCGUCGAGCUCUUCCUCCUCUCCAUCCUCCUCGCCACCCUCCUCCUCGUCGCCGUCCUUUCCUUCUUCGUCCUCGCCUCCGGGGCCGCGGCCUACGCUACGUUCCGCCUCUGCCGACUAGCAUAUAAGGGAGGUGUCAAGGGCGUGUAUGCGUGGGUGGGCGAGGUGGCCGCGUGGGUGGGGGUGGGGCCAGGGGUUGUGAGUAAGAAGAGAGACCCGAACGCGACCUACGAUCACAAUGGGGACAUCAUCCUCGUGGACGGCAAGGGCGAGAACAAGGGGCUGAGGGACGUGAAGCCCAAGGUGGAGGAGUCAUGAAGCGUGCUUUUCACGAACACGCCCUGUCUCCGUCACAUUUUGCUGCCUUUGCCCUACCAAGUGUCGGCCCCACGACUUGUGCACCGCCCACAAGGCCGACCCCGCCAUCGCUCGACUGCUGAAUACCGUCGCUGUAGCUUAUCCUCUGCCGUCCUCUUCCUCCGGCAUCCACCCUCCUUACCUAUUUAUUCGCUUUCGUUUUUCGCUAUGGACUCACCCUGAACCUGUAUCCUUUCUGUAUAGUAUAAUGAUGAACAAAUGGUAUACCCUGUACCCAUACUUAUCGGGAACCACGAGGCUUGACACGGUCUCGC